AUGGACCUGUCUGAGAAAGACGCAGAUGCGAUCAAGACAAGCGACUACCCCAACCGUCUCCCUGAACGUCGCAUCGACGAAGAGCUUGACAGCCCCAAGAUGGGUUGCUUGCCUCUAUCCGAAGCCGCGGCUGAAGACGAAGCUGAAGCCGAUGAGGUUGCCAUCAGCCAACAUGCGGCCAGCGAUUGGUCUCACGACGCUGCAAAGUACGAAUGGAAAGAGGAGUACGAUGGCGUCGGUCCGCGGGAUGAGAGACUCGAGAAGGACCACUUCGUUAAAAGACACGGAACCAGCAACUGGUCUCACGAUGCAGCAACGGGGGCGUCGGUCCACGGGAUGAGAGGUUGGAAAAGGAUCUCGUCCACGAGAUGA